GCGUCAUAGUUUACUUUCGCGUUUUGCGCACGAAGAAAUUUAUAAAAUACAGUUGUACAGUUCAGGACCUUAGUGGAGUGAACGGUAGAAAAUGAAGGCUGAGAGAGGCCUCAGUAUCAAUAAUCCGAACGAGUCCUGGCUUGAAAGCAAGGGGACUUGGUUUACGUAUGUGUUACUCAUAACUAUUGGUCAUUUGGUGAUUCUGAGCAUCCCGUUCUUCGAUACACCGACUGCCUGGACCCUCACAAACACCUUCCACAAUUUGAGUAUGUUUAUAUUUCUGCAUUACCUGAAAGGAACACCAUUUCAGACAGCUGAUCAAGGCAAGGCACGCAGACUAACGCACUGGGAGCAGCUUAACAAUGGCGAACAAUUCACAGAAACAAGAAAGUUCUUUACUCUGGUACCAAUUUUCCUGUAAGUUUGCCCUGAUUUAAUUUUGGUGGAAAGGAAGGGAUAGAACUGAUAAUCAAAAAA